AUGGAUGAAAAGUUGUUGGAUGAUAUCAUAAGGCGGCUGCUGGAAGUCAGAGGGAAGCCCGGCAAGCAGGUUCAGCUCUCUGAGGCCGAGAUCAAACAGUUGUGUUUGGUUUCCAAAGAUAUUUUCUUGCAACAGCCUAAUCUAUUGGAGCUCGAAGCGCCCAUCAAGAUUUGUGGUGACAUUCACGGUCAGUAUUCUGAUCUUUUGAGGCUUUUUGAAUAUGGGGGCUUGCCUCCUGAAGCAAAUUACUUGUUUUUGGGGGAUUAUGUCGAUCGUGGCAAGCAAAGUCUGGAGACGAUAUGCCUUUUGCUAGCAUACAAGAUCAAAUAUCCAGAGAACUUUUUCUUGUUAAGGGGCAACCAUGAAUGUGCAUCCAUAAAUCGUAUAUAUGGGUUUUAUGACGAAUGCAAGAGAAGAUUUAAUGUGAGGUUGUGGAAGAUUUUUUCGGAAACUUUCAACUGUCUUCCAGUUGCAGCCCUAAUAGAUGAAAAAAUUCUCUGUAUGCAUGGCGGCCUCUCUCCAGAUCUUCAUAAUCUUGAUCAGAUAAGGAACUUGCGUCGCCCUACUGAUGUACCUGAUGCUGGUUUGCUGUGUGAUCUUCUUUGGUCAGACCCAAGCAAAGACAUUCAAGGAUGGGGAAUGAAUGACCGGGGAGUUUCUUUUACUUUUGGUGCUGAUAAGGUGACAGAGUUUCUUGAGAAGCUGGAUUUAGACCUUAUCUGCCGUGCUCACCAGGUUGUGGAAGAUGGGUAUGAGUUUUUUGCCAAUCGGCAGCUCGUUACCAUAUUUUCAGCACCUAAUUACUGUGGGGAGUUUGAUAAUGCGGGCGCAAUGAUGAGUGUAGAUGAGACUCUGAUGUGCUCCUUCCAAAUAUUAAAACCCGCAGAAAAGAAACCGAAGUUUGGUUUUGGGAGUACCACCACGGCUAAGCCUGGAAGCUUUCCAAGUGCCGCUAAUAUAUUUAGCAGUAGUACAACGACCACCAGGCCGUUUUAA